AUGGAAAGCUGUGAUCCUAAUCCAAAACUCGAGCUCCUCCAGGCGUAUGGCCUUAGCCUCGGAAAUGUCACCCAGUUGAACAGAUUUGCUAUGGCUGAGUCUAAGCAGACUAAGGCUGAAUAUUCUGGUGUCAAAAUUGGAGCUGCUUUAAUGACAGAAGAUAGUACGAUCUACACAGGACAGUACAUUGAAGACCUGAUUUAUGACAACUCUAUCACAGCUGAAGACUUUGCUAUCUAUAAAGCUGUGGCUGAGGGAAAGACUAAAUUUAAAGCUAUGUCUAUUUACUUUGAGAACAAGGACGGCAAUGCAGAGUAUACUAUCCCUAAUGGGAAAUGGAGGCAAAAAAUUCAGGAAUAUGGCCACUUCGUCUUGAUCUGUUGCAGAUCUGAAGAGGAUUACAUUGUCAAAUCUUCUUCUUCUUUACUUCCAUAUUCUUAUAUUAAGUUUGAUGCUGAGAAGAAAUUAUUCUUCCCUAAUUCUGAGGAAAUCUCUGAAGUUCUAGAUGCUGCAGCAUAUUGGCUGAAAAUCGAUCAUAAUGAGACAACAAGAAGGGAAGUAGAGACUAUGAUGCACAAUGAAGAUAUUACAGCUCUUAAGAAAGCUUUCUGCAGCCGUAUUGCAUUUGGAACAGCUGGUCUCAGAGGAGCUAUGAGUGCUGGAUACGCCAACAUGAACUAUGUCACAGUCCAACAGACAACACAAGGCCUUUCUAAAUACUUACUUGAAGUCUUUGAUGAGGAAACCUGUGGGAAAAGAGGAGUAGUAAUCGGAUACGAUGGUAGACAUAAUUCAUUCGGAUUUGCUCAUAUUACAGCAGCCGUUUUCAAGCACUUUGGAAUUAGAACCUACCUCUUUGAUAGAAUGGUGUGCACUCCAAUGGUCCCUUAUUUUGUCUCCAGAUUCAAAUGCGUUGCUGGUGUGAUGAUCACAGCCUCUCACAACCCUAAGGAGGACAAUGGCUACAAGCUCUAUUGGGAGAAUAGUGCUCAGAUUAUUCCUCCUCAUGAUAAGAACAUUCAAGAAAGCAUUGAGAAGAAUCUUGAGUUGGUUGACGUAUCUGAAUAUUUCAACUAUUUUGAAAGAAAGAUUACUUACACUGCUGAUAAUUUCUCAGGUCAGACGAUUAAUAGAUACAUCACUGAUAUUGGUAAAGAAUAUUUCAUUAACAAAAGGGAGCUGAACAAGUCAUGCCCUCCCAUUACCUACACUGCUAUGCAUGGAGUGGGUUACAAAUUCAUCGUUAAGACAAUGGCAAGUUUAGGAUUCCAAACUUUGAACUCAGUUAAGGAGCAAAUAGAACCUGAUCCUGAGUUUAGCACUGUGGCAUUCCCUAAUCCUGAGGAAGGAAAAGGAGCCUUGCAGCUCUCCAUGGAUCAGGCUGAUAAAGAAGACUCUAGGUUCAUCCUAGCUAACGAUCCUGAUGCUGACAGACUUGCUAUCGCUGAGAAGCAAGAAGAUGGGGAGUGGAAAAUCUUUAAAGGUGACGAAAUUGGAGCCAUCUUGGCUAACUUUUUAUUCCAAACCCAUAAAAGAAAGGGGGAAGAUGUAUCGAAGUUUGCAAUGGUAGCCUCAACAGUUAGCUCAAAACUCCUUCAAAAGAUGGCAGAAAUAGAAGGCUUCAGAUUUGAAGAAACCCUCACAGGAUUCAAGUGGAUUGCAAAUAAAGCAAUGGAGCUUGACGAUCAAGGAUAUCAUACUAUCUUCUCUUACGAAGAGGCUAUCGGAUUCUGCUGUGGAAACUUAGUAAGAGAUAAGGACGGAGUCUGAGCAGCUGGAGUUAUCUCCCAAUUAUACGCCCAACUCUGUGCAAAUGAAGAUAAAUGUGGUGUCAUGAAUGAGUAUUUACAAAAUAUUUAUAAGAAAUAUGGAUACUUCAAGACUCAAAACCACUACUUUAGAUGUUACGAUCCAGCUAAAAGUAAACAGAUUUUCGAUGAAAUGAGAGAAGGAGGAUAUCCAGAGGAGUUAGGCCCAUAUAAAAUCAAGACUAUUAGAGAUCUUACAGCAGGAUACGAUAAUUCAAAGCCUGAGAAUAAGCCAGAUUUACCUAUUUCUAAGUCUUCACAGAUGAUCACAUUCACUUUUGAAAAUGGGGCUGUGAUCACCCUCAGAAAUAGUGGUACAGAGCCAAAGCUUAAAUACUAUUGCGAAUAUUCCGAUGAGACUCCUGAGAAAGCUAGCGAAAUUCUUGAUGAUUUGGUUACAAACCACAUGAUUCCUACACUCCUUCAACCAGAAAAGUUUGAUCUUGUAUAG